AUGAAACGGCGACAAGAUAGCGAGGCGGCAAGCUACGCGGCAGCAACGAAUACGCCCUCGACCUCGAAUCUUGACCCAAAGAUAUACACCGUAGCAUGGAUUGCCCCUCUCGAGAUUGAAGCUCAGGCAGCUCUGCACAUGCUGGAACGGCGACAUCGUGGAAGAUUCCCGGUGAGUCGUGGCGAUGACUAUGUCUUCCAUGCUGGUGAAAUAGGUGGACAUAACAUUGUCAUCGCGACUUUGCCGGCAGGCCAAGAAUAUGGAACGGGAUCAGCGGCUGCGUUGGCAAGUCAGCUCAAGAGAUUCUUUCCGAAUCUUUGGUUUGGAUUGCUCGUCGGUGUUGCUGCUGGACUCCCUGACUUAUCUUGUCGUCCGCCUCGCGACAUUCGGCUCGGCGAUGUUUUGGUAGGACUCCCCGAAGGCAAAAGUGCAGGACUCGUAGCUUAUGAUCUGGGCAAAGAGACGGAAAAUGGCUUCCAACCACUGCGAUAUGGACAUGUACUCGCGAUAACGGAGCCUAUCGUGAGAUCAGCCAUUGGAAGCAUCAAAAUUGAGGCACCAAAUGAAGCGCCUCUAUUCCUGCCUUAUUUUGAAGCGAUUCGAAAGAAUGAGCAUGCGAAUGGCACCUUUGAUGAUCCAGGACAGGAUCGCGACGUGUUGUACAUCAGCCAAGCUGGUGGUGCAAGCGAGCCAAUUGAACGCGCGCCGCGACCACCAUCGAAGCGCACUCGCGUCUGGUAUGGGCCUAUUGGGUCAGGGGAUAAACUCCUCAAAAGCUCACAAAAGAGGAAUGAACUGAGAGACAAAUAUGGAGUGAUUGGUGUAGAAAUGGAAGCCGCAGGAACGUUGAACCGCAUACCGGUUGGAGUUAUCCGGGGUGUGUGUGAUUAUGGUGACCAUCACAAGAAUAAAGAAUGGCAACCGUAUGCUGCAGCCAUGGCGUCGGCAUACGCUAAAGCAGUUAUAUGCCAGAUUCCACCGGCUAUGGGUGCGACUCAGUCGCACAUUGCGGUGGCGCAUCCUGCAAAGGGUCAACUAGUGCCUGAAGACGUUGAUGCAACUGAAGCUGGUCCUGCAUUUGAAGUCUUUCACAACUUGCAUCAAAGCAUUCCAUUGUCCCGAAAUCCCCGCUUCACCGGCCGAUCUGAAGUCCUCGACGAGCUGGAACAAAGGUUAUUCACGGAAAGGCAAUGCUCCGCGAUGGCAAUAGUAGGACUCGGGGGAAUGGGCAAGACACAAGUGGCUCUACACUUUGCUUACCGUAUCCAAGAACGAUACCAAGAUUACUCAAUCUUCUGGGUUGCUGCUGUGAGCGAAAGUACGUUUGAGCAGUCCUACUCUGACAUCGCUGGGAACCUUGGCUUGCGGAAGAAAAACGACAAAGGUAUCAAUCAACCCUACAGGGGCACUGCCACAACCUCGAGCUUUCAGAACGGAAUAAAAGAAGAGAGUGAUGUCAAGAAAAUUGUCUACCACUAUCUCUGCUCUAGCUCAGCUGGAAAAUGGCUGCUAGUUCUGGAUAACGCAGAUGACCAGGAGCUCAUGUUCGGAUCAGCCGAGCAACCUGGUAUUAUCGAGCAUCUGCCCAAAAGCGAAAGUGGCCGAAUUCUGAUGACCACUAGAUCCAGAGAAGUGGCAACAGACUUUGCACAGUUUGAUGUCAUCAAUCUCAAAGAGAUGAACCCGACGGAUUCAAUCAGUCUCUUCUCCAGUUCUUUAAUCGAAAAGGCCAAUCUUCAAGACGAGUCUCUUGUCGUGGCCCUCCUUGGUGAUCUGGCGUAUCUGCCGCUGGCCAUAACGCAGGCAGCUGCUUACCUCAACCGAACCCAAAUGCCUCUUCAGAAAUACUUGAAUCUGUUACGAGGUGCAGAAAAUGACAUGAUCACAUUGCUUAGUCGAGAGUUCAAAGACAAUACCCGUUAUCCCAACUCUCGUAACGCGGUUGCUACAACGUGGUUGAUCUCAUUCGACCAAAUCCAAAAGUCGAAUGAAGACGCCAUCAAUCUACUAUACCUUGUCUCCUGCAUUGAAUCAAAGGCCAUUCCCCAAUCGAUAUUUCCCGACUCACAAUCCAUGGAAACUGAAGAAGCUAUUGCAGUGCUCUGUGGAUAUUCAUUUCUGACACGACGGGGAUCCAGUGACAUAUUCGACAUGCAUAGCCUGGUCCACGUGGCGAUCCAAGUGUGGAGAGAUAAACAUCAUAAGACGGAGCAAGCCUUUACCCAAACUAUUUCUCAUUUGACCGAGAUUAUUAAUUACGAUCAGAGGUCAAAUCAAGCUACGCGGAGGAAAUACCUACCCCAUGCACUUUCCGCCUUGCACGGAAGUGAUGACUGCAAGAUCAAACCUCGAUACGUUCUUUGCAUCAAGGUUGGAAACUGUCUUUUCGAAGAGGACCGAAUCCGAGAAUCGAUCGAGCGCCUCGAAGAAGCUUGUGAAUGGGCCUCGGGGCCUUUGAACAAUGAUCAGGAGCUUCGAUUGGCCUGCCAAUGCUACCUUGCUGCCGUUUAUACAUAUUCAAGACGUCCCGAGCUAGCCAUUGCGAUGCUAGAGCCAGCAGUUGAAUCAAUGGGCCCAACAGAUCAUCGAAAAAGCUCGAUCGAAGUGCGUCUUCAAUUCGAGCUUGCCAAAGCAUACGGCUCCAGGCUUCGUACGAAAGAGGCCAUUGAUAUGUUGGAAUCUCUCAUGAAGUCGAGAAAGGAAAUGAACCCCGAUGACCAGUCUGAAUUUGAUGAAACUCUGGUAUUCGAGCAAGAGCUCGCUCGAGCGUAUUAUCAUGACGGACAAAUGCAAAAGACGAUCGAGCUGUGUGAGUUGGUGGUAGAUGCUCGUGAGAGGAUUCUUUUAAAAACAGACCUCGCUUUGCUAAAGUCACGAAACAAUCUGGGCAUGGCUUAUUUGAAUGGUGGCCAAACACAAAAGGGGAUGGAGCUACUUGAGUCCGUGUUGGAAACUAAAGAGGCGCUACUGCCAAAGACACAUAUUGAACUACUAAUAACGCGACAGAAUUUGGGUAUUGCUUGUUUGCAAAAUGGCCAAAAUGAGAAAGCAAUCGCCUUAAUCGAGGCUGUGGUAGCAGGAAUGGUGACAACACUGGGGGAAGGUGACCCUGAGACUCUGAAAUCGCAGCGUUUUCUAGCUCGUGCGUACUUGCAGGACGGCCAAUCUAAACGGGCAAUGGCGCUAUUUGAAAAUUUGGUAGGGAUUUAUCAGAGGGUAUCGGAAAAGGAAAAUCUGGAGCGGUUGCUAUCGCAGCGGGAUCUUGCUUGGAUGUAUUUAGAGGAGGGCCAGGUGCGGCCAGCCCUCCAUAUAUUGGAACAAAUUACGACUGUCGAACAAGAAAUACUGGCUGAUGAUCAUCCAGAAAGGUUGGCCUCGCUGGAUUUGUUGAGAAAGGCUCGAGAAAGGCUCAAGGAGAAAGACAUUGUGCCCCCAGAGGCCAAUGCAGAACAUUGA